UGGCGGGGGUGAAAUGCGAACACAAAAAAGCAGUUGAGAAAUUGUAGGCAAUAAAUUUAACAUCGCAUAAAAUCAGCUUAACAUCAAGCUCACCUCACCAGUCACCUUCUCCCAUCUCAUUUUCUCACUCCUCAUUUAAAACUCCCUGCUUUGCUCUUCACCUACUCUUCUCUCUCUCUCUAUUAUUCACACACACAUUCGAAUCAAUCAAACUAUUAACUUAAAAAUCAUAGAAUGCCAACUCAACCCCAAGUCAAACACGCUGCUCUACCCCCAAUCUUCCGCCGGAAUUUCUACUCAUUUUCACUAAAUUAAUCCACAAACUAAUAACUGGGUUUUGCUCAAAAUCGAAUUCUCUGAAAUGGGUAAUCGAUUUAUUUGUAUGUCCAAGAAAGAUACCAAAAUUAAUGGAUCAAAAAGUAGAAGAAUGGGUAGUAGGUCGCAGAGGAAAUUGCUUGAAGAUGAAGAAGUUGCUUUGCAUAGAAGAGCUUUAUCAAUGGCGCUUCAACAACAUCAGUUGUCGCAGAGAUUUGAUCCUGGUUCUAUGUCGUCUCGCCGUGUUGCCGGUGGCGCCACCUCCCGCCGCCGUACUCUCUCUGACCCCUUUUCUAACUCUAAACAGGCAUCCGACUUUUUGGAAAGUCUGAAAGGAAUGAAAAUUGUUUUAGUACAUGGAGAGGGCUUUGGUGCAUGGUGUUGGUACAAAACCAUUGCUUUGUUGGAAGAAUCUGGAUUGGUUCCUGUUGCUUUAGAUCUCAGUGGAUCAGGUAUAGAUACAAAGGAUACAAAUUCAAUUGCUACACUCGUAGAAUAUUCUAAGCCACUGAUUGCUUAUAUAGAGAACCUGCCAGGUGAUGAAAAGGUUAUAUUGGUUGGUCAUGGAUGCGGAGGUGCAUCUGUUUCGUAUGCUAUGGAGCACUUCCCGCAGAAGAUUUCCAAGGCAAUUUUUGUAUGUGCCACAAUGGUCUCUAGUGGACAGAAGCCCUUUGAUGUUUUUACUGAAGAGCUUGGCUCUUCUGAAGAUUUUAUGAAGGAAUCAAAAUUCUUGAUUCAUGGAAAUGGUACUGAUAAUCCUCCUACGUCAUUCAUGUUGGAGAGGCAGCAUAUGAAGGCUUUAUAUUUCAACCAAAGCCCUCUAAAGGAUAUUGCUUUGGCAAUGGUCUCCAUGAGACCAGUCCCUCUGGGCCCCAUAAUGGAGAAGCUAUCUUUAUCGCCUGAGAAAUACGGAACUGUUAGGAGUUAUUACAUUCAAACACUAGACGAUCGAGCACUUUCACCAGACGUCCAAGAAAAGCUAGUCAGAGAAAACCCACCUGAGGGAGUCUACAAGAUUAAAGGUAGCGAUCAUUGCCCGUUCUUCUCUAAGCCCCAGUCUCUUCACAAGAUGUUACUUGAGAUUGCUCAAAAAACAUAACAUACUUCAAUAUAUAGCUGCUACUUGUUUCAUGAUUGGAAGAUUUUCUGCUUAUUCGCCACUUGCGCUUGAAAUUGUACAGGAGAGAGAUAAAGGUUAUAUACCUCAUUUGUUUUUGUUAUUUAUACAAGAAAAUCUUCAUUUGUUUUUUGUUAUUUAUA